UGAGACUAAAAAUAAGUGUAAAAGAUAAUGAGGUACGUAAGGCUGAGGCUGAGAGUGACCCACAAAAAUGAAACCAUUCUAGCUUGGUAGCUUUAAGGGAAGCAAAAAUGUCGGUGUGCUUGGUUUGUCCAAUAUAAUUGUCCCUAUUUCAUAACUCUCCAUCUGAGUUCUGACGUUUCUAUAUUCACUUCCUCUGAACUUUAGCCAUAUCCCUCAUCAAGUUAGUUUUCACUUAGUAUAUAUUUCAUUGAUACAAUUACCCUAACACUGUUUUGGAUAGCCAUGGAACACAAAGUAGCCACAACAACUGAAGGACAAUCCAUAAGAUGUAAAGCGGCAAUUUGUCGCAAAGCAGGUGAACCACUGAGUAUUGAGGAGAUCAUUGUGGCGCCACCAAUGCCUGGUGAAGCUCGCAUUCGUAUUAUAUGCUCCUCUCUCUGUCAAACCGAUAUCAGUUUUCGGAACAUGCAGGACCAUCCUGCCAUUUAUCCAAGAAUUCUGGGUCACGAGGCAAUAGGGGUUGUGGAAAGUGUAGGAGAGGAUGUAACUGAAGUUACAAAAGGAGAUGUGGUUGUUCCAAUUUUCUUACCUGAUUGUGGGGAGUGUAUCGAUUGCAAAUCAAGCAAGAGCAACCUUUGUUCAAAGUUUCCAUUUGAGGUGUCUCCCUGGAUGCCUAGAUAUGCCACUUCUAGAUUCACAGAUUUAAAAGGAGAGAUCAUACAUCAUUUCUUGUCUGUUUCUAGUUUUAGCGAGUACACUGUGGUCGACAUUGCCCAUCUAAUCAAGAUUGAUCCGGCAAUACCACCCAACAGGGCAUGCCUCAUCAGCUGUGGUAUAUCAGCAGGGAUAGGUGCUGCUUGGAGAGCAGCAGGUGUGGAGCCAGGGUCUACAGUAGCUAUUUUUGGGCUGGGGAGUAUUGGAUUAGCAGUUGCUGAGGGAGCUAGACUUUGUGGAGCAACUAAGAUUAUAGGUGUGGAUGUCAACCCAGAAAGAUAUGAAAUCGGAAAAAGGUUUGGACUCACGGACUUUGUCCAUUCUGGAGAAUGUGAAAAUAAAUCUGUGAGCCAGGUUAUCAUAGAGAUGACUGGUGGGGGAGCAGAUUAUUGCUUUGAAUGUGUUGGUAUGGCAUCAUUGAUGCACGAGGCAUAUGCUUCUUGUAGAAAGGGUUGGGGGAAAACAAUAGUUUUGGGAGUGGACAAGCCAGGAUCCAAGUUGAACCUUAGCUGUAGUGAGGUCCUAGUUAGUGGGAAGAGCCUCAGGGGAUGUUUAUUUGGAGGACUCAAACCUAAGUCUCAUGUACCCAUUCUCCUUAAACGCUACAUGGACAAGGAACUGAAUUUGGACGAGUUUGUCACACAUGAGAUGGAGUUCAAGGAUAUCAAUAAAGCUUUUGAUCUAUUGAUUGAAGGACAGUGUCUUCGAUGUGUGAUUUGGAUGGACAAAUGAACCUAUUCCUGUACAAUUAACAGUUACUUUAAUCCCUUGGAUUAUGAUAUCAAUAAUUAAAAUAUUGGAUACUUUUUUUUUUUUUGUAUUUGGAGAGAACAUAUUCAAUGUAAAAGCAGUUGAUGCCGCAAAGUAAUUAUGUCAAAUAAAUUGAUGGUGACCAUCAAUGCUUCAAAGUAUUUUAGUAUC